AAAGGUUUUGUUUCGACCAAAUAGAGCAGACAGAUAAAUUUAACAAUAAUUUUUAUUCGAUAUUUGUUUUAAUAUUCCAUAAUUAUUCUGUGAAAAGUGUAAAUAAUAUUCGAGCGUACAUUGGUUGACCGUGAACAGUGCUGGACACUUUAUUUAAAAAUCAGACAUGAACACUGAACAAUCACGGCAUCCAUUAAUUUUCUAACAGGUGGUUGAUAUAAGUAAAGAAACCCGGGACUUAUGCUAAGAACACAGCGUAUUAUUCUUUGACAAGCUUUUCUAUACCCAGGUUCAUCAUGUCAAACUUAGAGAGAGAUGUGUUGAAUAUAUGGAAGAGCAUAGAAAUAUAUUUGAACCGCUCAUAAAGGAAGACUUUAAUGAAUAUCUCCAAAAAAUAAGAGAUCCACAGGAAUGGGCAGGAGAAGUGGAAAUGAAAGCUUUGUCUUUGAAGUAUAAAGUGGAUUUUGUUGUAUAUUAUGAUAUCAGUAAACCACCUCUCAAGAUAAAAGCCAGUUCUUCGAGCCAAACUAUUUCUCUAGCUUGCACUGGUGGCAAUCGUUAUGAUUGUGUUUAUUCAAAAUCUGAUUUAUCAACCUUAGCAUUUUGUCAAUCUAUUGUCUAUGAAGUGCUGUACAAGAACGUUUUUGAACUAGGUUCUGAUGUUGAUGUAGCUGUUGAAAAAAUGCUUCAUGAUAAAGCUUAUUCCAAACAACGGAGGAAUAACUUGUUGUGCCAUUACUUUAGAGAAAGUUGUCGCAUAGAUGGUGGUGUUGAAGAUCAAAAUCUGCCAGAGGAUGACCAAUCUUAUAAAAAUCCACGACUGGAUAUCCGAAAAGCACUAGCACAAGGUAUUCCUCCAUUUCCGUAUAAGGUAGCUAAAACCUUAGACCCCGGCAUCUAUCGAAAUGUGGAAUUUGACAUGUGGAAUGAGAAAAGAAAAGAGGAACAAAAGAAUGAACAGUUUGUCAUACCAAAACUGGAACCUGGGGUUAAGUGCAAGGUAUAUAUAAAUAGAGAGAUCUACGUGGGACAUGUCCAGGAUAUUUAUCAUGAUUGUGAUAGCGUGUCCAUUUACAUUGAGGAGCUAUGCAAGCGAUGUAUUGUGCCCACCAGUGUCCUUGAAGUAGUUCCUGUGCCUGCUUAUAAAGGAUCUGGAGAACCACAACCUGUGGAUGUCCAGGCAUUGACAUGGCAAGGUGGAAAAACUUAUAAAGUUUAUUCUGAUGGAAUGCAAACUGGAUCUGAUGCUGAAAAAAGCAGGUGUAAGAAAAAUGUUAAGAAAUUUCAGGAGUACUCUCCAACUCAUAGUGGUGGAAAUAAUUCUCUGAAGCCAAAUGCUAUUACACGAUCCAAUUCUUUACCUGUAGCAUCUUCUCAGCGCAACUGUAUUCUUCGCAGUAACAGUUUAUACUCCUCUCCUCAAAUUCCACGAAAGAAGGGGCAUUCUUCCAGUACACCUAUUAACCAUAAAUUAAAGCAUCCUGUGCCAAAAGAAGUACAUAAUGGACAACAAGUUAGAGUUCCUCAGAAUUACCCAUACAUUUGGAAUGGAAUACCGCCUAAUCUUCCUACAUCACCAAUACCCAUUCCAGGAAAAGCUACUCCAGAUUGUUAUCAGGGCCAACAUGGCAGUCCUGAAAUGUUAAAUGAGAUUAAUGAGUCAGGCUGGGCUGAAGACUCAUUCAAGAAUCCAACUCCUAAUAUCACUCCACCCCAUCAGUAUAUGAUAGCUUCUGCCUACUCGGAUCCAAACUAUACUCCUAAUGCUCCCUUUGCCAUCAUGUCUCCUAGUCCUGCAUCCUUACCUGUGCCUAUUCCUGGCAAUCAAGCAUCCAGUCCCCCUAAAGGUGAAAAUGCUUCCCCAUCAAUGCCGCCUUCUCAAUGUGCAGCCACUAUGGCACUUUAUCCUUAUCCUAUGUAUGCUGUCUCAAGCAUGUAUCUUGUUUGUCGGGAUGGAUCGACUUUGCCAGUUAAUAUUGGCAACCCUUGGGGAACUCGAGAGGCAUUGAACGGAACCGAAGUUCCUCCUGGUGUUCCUAGUGUAUAUUUCAAUACUCCACCAACUGGCUUGUCACCUCCACCUGUUGCAUCAUGGAUUCCAGCUACUAUUGCUAAUUACGGAUCCACUUGGACACCUGCGAUGUCAUCAGCAGUUGCAUUUACACCUCCGUUGGACAUGAAUGCAUACCAGUCUCUGAUGUCCCCACCUUGGAGCCCCCAGUCUGGAUUGUACCUACCACAACCACCUACUGCAGUUGCAUACCAGGUCCAGCAACCUCAAAUGGUAUCUCAAGAACCACCUCCUCCCCCAGUGCAAAAAUGAUUGGAUUUAUCGAAAUGUUAAAUUUCAUUGUAGGAUUAAAUCUUUUGGAUAUGGAUAAUUGGGCUUAAAAUCUUUAACUCUGCUCUUUUUCUGAAGGAAUUGGCUUUAAAAAUGCAGUGUGGUUCAUUUUAUUUAAUUCCAUUAGGAGGCAAGGAACUUUCUUGCACACAGAGUUACUGGUACUGGGGUAGGGUUUGACAGUGUUCCUGAAAAGUUAGAAUUUUUAAACUUCUCUCCCUUUUUUCAUUCAUGUCGUUUUUUAAAAGGAGUUAGAGUUUAAAAUUUAUCAGUAUUUGUUAUCGAAUUUCGAUUUUACAUUUUUUAAAUGCUAUCGAACAUUUUCAUAAAAUCAUAAUUUAUUCAACUUUAAAAGAAACAAUGCAGUUAAAACAUAUUUACAGUUGAAACUAUCUAGUAUUUUUGUCGAAAGGCUGCAGCUUAUGUUUAAUAAGAGUAGAAUUUUUCUGUGAUGUUGAUAAAUUGUUUAAAAUAUAUUGUGUUGGAUAUUUUUCUUUAUACUUAAUUUAUUAUUUUUACUGUUAUUAUUUUUUUAAGUUUUUGUUUUAUUUGUUUUUAUUUUUAUUUUGUUAUUUGAAGUUAAGUUUUCUUACCAAAGCUGUAUUAUAAUUACUGAAAAAAAAAUGGAACUGUUAAAUGUUGAAUCUUGAAGAGUAUAAAUUAUGAAACUUAAAUUUCCACAAGAUAUUUUAUACUUAUUUAUUGAUGAAAAUUUGAUAUUUUACAACCCUUUUUGGGAAGUUAUUUAUAUCCAAAGAAUUCCAAUGUCUUGAACUGAAUAUUUGUUGCAGAAAUUUCCGGCCUGUGGUGUCACUAAAGUUGGUAACUUUCUAUGCAGUAACCUUACUAUAUUAUCUGUUGGUUUUUAUUAUUACUAUUUAACCUGUGUUUGGUGAAAUGUUAUAUAUAAAUUAGAUGUAUCGAUUUUUAGAUUAAUUUAUCGUGGAAAAAAAUUCAUUUUAGUAUCUUGAAAAUUACUAUUUUUAUAUUAUAUAAGAAUGUGAAAAGUAAAAGUCAGUUGCAUCUCAAAAAAUUCUUUUUUUAGUUAGUUAUCUGAAGUUUGAGAUUGUUUGAAUUUUCAGGAUUAACUCCAGGGGUGUUUGUGCUCCGGGGAAACCCCGGAAUUCCGGGGAUUUUGAACUUCGAUACCCGGAAAUUCCGGGGAUCGUCGUUCAAAAGGAAGUAGGAAUAAUAAUGAAUUAUUUAUUUUGAUCUGGGUAAUUUUGUUUGCUUUGAAAGCAGAAAAUGCAAGGUCAGUGUGUGUGGUGAAAACUUUUCCUUUCUUUCUCCAAAGGCAGUAAUAAUGCGUGAAAAGGGGGAAAAACUUCUUUUUUGUUCUUUCCUUAUUGCGAGUUAUGACUCAUUCCCCCGGUUCUCGGACAUUCUCUUCUGGAUUCUUUUCGGCAAGUAGGCGCGGCAGAAAAAAAAGGGAGAGACUUCGUUCGACCAGAUGUGCGAUCACGUGACCUGGGUUCAAAGGUCUUAAUUUUGCAAAAAAAGUAAUUCAUUGAACUUUUAUAAUUAGGUCAUUCAAUACUUCAUAAUCGUAAUUUUUCAUUUCUCCCCCCCCCCUUCUCGAAACUCCAAAAUGUCGGUAGUAAGUCCGUAAAAGUUUCCGGGGAUUUUUUGGGGUCCCACAAACACCCCUGUAACUCUUAAUGUAAUGUUGGAUAUGCAGAGUAUGGAUUUAUUGAUACUCUUUUAAUUAUAAUGUAACUUGUGGAUUUUCAAUGCAAAGAAAAAAAAAUUUCAGUAAUUUUUUAUUACUGUUAUUAAAAUGAAUGAUAACUGUCGCAUAUUUUGAUAUUAAAACUGAUAAUUUUACACCUAAAUUCUGCUCUACUUUAUGUAUUAACUAUGAGAUUAAUUUCUAAUGAAACCUUGUAUUGAAAUUUCAUUCUAUUUAUUAUAUAAUCUGUUACUUCUCCAUUCUUUAGUGACAUCACUAAGUGUACUAUAAUGUAAAUUUUUGAUGUGUAAAUUAGAACAGACUUAUAUAUACAUAUUGAAUGUGCUUUGGCAAAUUUUUUCAAAACGCAACUGUGAUCUUUUCUCUUUGCAUUCAAGUUUUAACAGUGGUGCUGCGUCUAAGCGUCCAAUAUCAUUCCAAGUUAUAUCAUAGAACUACGAAUUCAAUUUAUUGUGUGUUCUACUUCGAACUUAUAUCUGACGAGCUUGUUUAUGGAUACUUUUAAGGGUUUUAAUACAUGCUGUUUUGGGGAAAAUUGAAUCUAAAGGUCUAUUUUUUUUGUUCUUCCCUUGACUCUAGUAUUUAUCUCUUCCAUUAAAGUAUUAUUUUUAAUCAUCCAAGAGGAAAAAAUGUCCACAUACAAAUUACUAAAGCCUGUGGCACUGCCCAAGCUUUUUAAUAUUGGUGCUGAAUCUCUAGGCAUAAUUGUGUGUAUAUGAUCGCUGCUUCGAUAUCCAACCAUGACUGUUUUGAUCAGCUGUGGUCAAAUGUUUUGUUCACUUUUAAAAUUCGAUUCAAACUUCAUAUUAAUCAUCUUAAAUGUAGUUCAUCAAAUUUUUUUGAUUCUUAUUUAAUUUGAAGGACUAUACUUGCUUGAAAUUUUUUAUCGCAAUAUUGAACAUAAAAAUAAUCUCUAUAUAAAUCUAACAAAUUUUUAAAUUCUUAAAUCUAGAUAUUUGUAAAUAUUAAUUCGUAAUUUAGUAAUUUCAAAUAAGGUUAAACAGUUACAAUAUGGUUAUUCUUCUUAAAGUAGCUAUGGGUAAAUUAUGUCUAAGUUUAAAUUGGUUCGAUCUUGCUAAGGAUCCUAUACCAUAAUUUUAUUGCUGCAAUAUGCAAAUUAGACUGGCCUUUCUCAACAAAACUAUCGAUAAUUAAAAAUUGCCUAGUAUUUAAAAAUAACCAUAGCCAUUUCUGAUAAAACUGUUUAUUUAAAAUAUUAAACAAAUAAAAUAAGAAAACCACUGGUUAAUUUGUAUUAUAGGAUUGUAUCUUAAGUUAUUAAAAAUGUUUUUCCCAUUUCCAACUAAGUUCUCUUGAAAUUUUGCUACAUAUCUUCCAAUAUUGUGAAUAUUGCAUGAUAUAUUCAGUAUACAGUCCUUAUAUAUAGAAUAAACGUGAAAUGGUUAUACAAUCAUACAAAUUUGGUAUUUAUCAAGACCAUCAGAAUGUUGUCAAAUUCCAUUGAAUACUAAUUAUUUUCUAUUUGUUUAUCGACUUCAACUGAUCUCCAAAAAUGUCUCAUGGCUUGGAUAUCUCUGAAUAAAGCCUUUGUAAGUUAGUUCAGUCUGAAAUUUUAAUUACAUUUGUGGAAAACAUCCAGUAUACUUUCUAGUCAUGUGAAAAAUGUUUGCAUGCAUGUUCACCUGUUGUCACGACACAAUUUGAAAAUCUCCAGUUGGAAGUGACUCGUGGAUAUCAAGGUGCUUUAUUCUCUAGUCCGGCCGUUUUAACCUGUGACUAGUGCUCAAUUUUUCAUGUAGUAUUUCAGAGUUUAAAGUCUCCAAAUGGAUGUUAUUUACACAAUUAUUAUUCAUUAUAUUCAACUUGGGUGCCAAGAUUCGUAGAAAAGUAGUUCACACUGCAUUUUGUAAUUAUACAUUUGCAUAUCAAGGUAAAACUGAAAUUUCUUGUGUGAUGUUUUUAAGGAAUCGGGAACCACUAAUAUUUAAAAUUUAUCUCCUACUAACACUUUUAGAAAUGGAUAUUUAAUGUCAUUCAACCCACUCAUGUAGCGAGUCAGUUUAUCUUAGAUGGUAUCAUAGUUCCCUAACAUUAAAUAAAUUGAUGUAUAGUAUCUCUUUGUGUAUGUUAAUUGAUUUAAAGAUGGGUUUCCCAACCGUAGUGUUGUUCUGUAGCUGGAUAUCACUAAACGUAGUUUUUGUAAAACAUAUAAGUGUAACCACUGUUUUAAAAUCGAUCGCUUUCUUGUGUUUGCCUGUGUAGAAAGAAUCUGUGCGCAGAAACUGUGAUAUCUACUCAGUAGAAAUCGGAUUUAUUCAUUCCUCAUUGUUUUACAGUUGAGGUGUUCCUGGGUCUUUUAAGUUUCAUCGGGGACGCGUGGAAUUUUAUUUUUCUGUCUUGCAAAUCUGAAAGCGCCGAUUUCUGUGUGUUUUUUACUUGUCAUUAUUACUCUUGUAAAAUUUAUUUCGUGAACCGUGUCAAUAAAUAUCUUCCAUUUUCA